AUGACUGAAAUCACGACUGCCUACCAGGCUCUCACUAAGCACCUGGCCAAGGAGAAGUAUGUCUUUGUAUGUCCUUCUCCAGAGACACAGGCCAGAGUGGUAAAUAAGAGACGUUCCAAUGUUUCGACAGAAGAUGCCCAGAACGCGUAUGAUUUCUUUGGAUGGAAUCUACCGUGUACCAGAGAAGCUCUACGAUCAAUAAUACCUGACGAUGUAUUCGAAAAUCUCCACAAAGCCUCCAUAAUCACUCAAAGUAAUGAUGGGGGCUACCGCUCCACUAUCCGCGUAUCCAACUUCUACCUUCCCAACCUCCCGAAUUACGAAAUUGGUGCCGCAUCACCCUAUUACAUCCACUCGUCCUUCCCUGCAUCUUCAGAUUCUGUCUUCUUCGGACCUGACACAUACCUCUUCGUUUCAUUCCUGCAAAAUAUAACACGACAUCUUUCACAAGCACCUAGUAGCAUUAUAGAUGUCUGCUGCGGGUCGGGCGCAGGGGCGAUACAUAUGGCAAGGACAUAUCCUCAGGCAAAGACAUUAGGACUGGACCUGAAUCCACGUGCGCUGAGCCUGGGCGAUGUCAACGCACAGCUGGCUGGUGUGAAGGUUGGCUUUUCCGAGUCAAACCUCUAUGCAACCGUACCUGAGGAAAUGAAGCACUACGGCGUCGAUCUCAUCGUGAGUAAUCCGCCCUACAUCGCAUCCAGCACCGAUGGUAAGGACCUACCCAUAUACGCCGAUGGUGGUGUUGGAUUUGGCCUGGAUAUAUCCUUGCGUAUCGUGGAGGAAGGGGUGAAAAUCCUUUCCUCGACUGGUGUCAUUGUGGUAUAUACGGGCGUCGCCAUGCCCAUGGCCGACCCUGGCCGCGAUGCUUUCUUAGAGAAGCUCCAACAAGUAGAAGGUGUGGAGCUUGCUGAGUACACAAUCCUGCAUCCAGACAUGUGGCCAGAAGAGAUUGGAAAGGGUGCUUACGCGGAUGUGUGCAGGAUACAAGUCGUUGGAGCUGUGUUGCGUCGGAAUGCUCAGAGUAUGGAUGAGGUAAAAUUAGAGACGCGCAGACGAUGGGCAGUAUAA